AUGUCCAAUCGUAUGGCUGAUUUGAAGCAACAGCUGGAUGUGUUAGACUAUUUUGGGCCAAUCGCUGUAUGGAUAUCCUUUUUUUCCAUGAUAUUUAUUAUCUCGGUGACGUGUAUCUUGUGGUGCUGUGUCUCCGAAACAGACGACAAAACGGUAUAUUUAAAGCAACCGUACGUUAACUAUGUAUUGUUGUUGAUAAAAUAA